UGUUCUGCGUUUUGCAUCCUCUCUUGGCAUGUCGUACUGUCGCCUGUCAGACCCCAGCAGCCAGAAUGGUGAAGCAGAUCGACAGCAAGUUUGCUUUUCAGAAAGCCUUAAACUGUGCAGGAGAUAAACUUGCAGUAGUAGACUUCUCAGUCACGUGGUGUGGGCCUUGCAAAAUGAUCAAGCCUUUCUUCCAUUCCCUCUCUGAAAAGUAUUCCAACGUGGUGUUCCUUGAAGCAGAUGUGGAUGACUGUCAGGAUGUUGCUUCAGAGUGUGAAGUCAAAUGCAUGCGAACCUUCCAAUUUUUUAAAAAGGGACAAAAGUUCGGUGAAUUUUCUGGAGCUAAUAAGGAAAAACUUGAAGCUACCAUUAAUGAAUUAAUCUAAUCAUAUUUUCUGAAAACUAGCCACCGGCUGUUUAAAACUGGUAAUUUUUUUAUUUACGGGAAUAUCAA